AAAUGCAUGUCCAUGUGAAUACGUGAUACUGAAACCUGCAAGACCAAGGUUCUCCUGUCAGGUGGAGGGACUGUCCGCUCGGAAUGUGUGGGAAAUAAAGAGUUAUUGAUCUAAACUAAAGUGAGAGCACCGAUAAGCGUGGCACCUAACACUGCGAGAAGGAAAAAACUGUGACUUGUGAAAAGGACAAGGAUCUCUUCAGAGUAGCGAUCAGUUUAGCAUUCAUUCAGAAACGUGCUUCUCAGCCCUUAUAGUAAAGUACACAAGCCUUUUUAACAGCUGUAAUCUGAAUAUCCCCCUAAGGUCGGCGUGGCAUGGCAGUAAGAAACUGAGAACCCCCAAACCCGAAGAAGUGACCUCUCCCAACAAGUCGGCAGGUAAAAUAAAGAGUCACUCAGUGGGCACACAUCGCGCAGACAGUGCCCAAGAGCAGGUGUCCGCUGGUGGCAGUUAUUGAACUCCGGACGAUCUGCAAAUGAAAGCCUGACAGCCUGCACAGUUACUCAGGUUUAUUGAGACAAGUCAAACAACAGUGAAUGUGAAAUUAGUCUGAAUCUUCAAUCAUGCUAGAAACAAGAAAAUGUCGUAGGUUUCUUUUGGGUUGCGCACUGAUGUCUCUGUCAGUUUUCCUUCUCUCAUUUCACAGUACAAGAUUAACCCGAGUAUCAAGAGCACAGCAGUACAGCAUUCCUUCUCAAAUACCCCAAAACAACACUGUGAUAAAGUACCCCCUUGACUUUGUUUAUCCUUAUAACUACAGCUUUAUUCUAAAUGAACCAGACAAGUGCAGACAUGGAGAUCCAUUUGUUGUUAUUCUGAUAUUAACACAAGCACAUGCAAUUGGAAACAGGCAUGCAAUUAGACAGACCUGGGGUAAUGAAAGCUUGGUGCCUGGUGUCUCUUUAGUGAGGCUGUUUUUAUUAGGGAUGCCAAAGCAUUUUACAAAUGAACUCCAAGAGAUGCUGGAAGACGAAAGCAAGCUAUUCCAUGAUAUCAUUCAACAGAAUUUCAUGGACACCUACAUCAAUCUCACCAUUAAAACAAUGAUGGGACUGCAGUGGGUGAGCACAUUUUGUCCAAAUGUGUCUUACAUCAUGAAGAUUGAUGAUGACAUGUUUUUAAACACAGAACACUUAGUCAAAUUCCUCAACCCCAAAGUGCCAGGGAAGAAAGACUAUUUUACUGGUUAUGUUGUAAAAGGAACACGACCUGUACGAGCUGAAUGGUACAGGUACUAUCUUCCUAAAGAACUCUACGAGCCAGACUACUUCCCUCCUUAUUGCGGCGGACCAGGCUAUCUACUUUCAGGAGACAUGGCGAAGAAGAUUUAUGAUAUCGCACAUGUUAUCAAGCCAUUUCAUGUAGAGGAUGCCUUCAUGGGAGUUUGUCUAGAGAAACUUAAAGUCGCUAUUACAGUAGCUCCAAAAUCGUUUUUUAAUGGACACAAGAUAGCGUACGAGAAAUGCCAGUACUCUAAACUAAUCACUGUACACCACUUUGGUCCUGACGAACUUCUGAAACUUUGGCCAGACUUUACGACAGCAAAGGAAUUAUGUCAAACUAAUAAUACCAGCUAGGCUAUUUUUUGGUGAACUGAAUAGUUCAGAUGUUGCAACCUCAGAGAGCAAUACUGGUUUACCACUGUUGUCUCUCAAAUGUCAUUAAAUAACAAAAUAGUGUUCUCAUGUAAAGAGAGUGUAUGGCACAACAUUUACAGUUCAAAAUAUUUCACGAACAGUGAACGAUUACAGAUUGGACUGUUGUCUGCCUUAAUUAGCCUCCUCACUCUUAGGAGCUCAGUCAAAAAUAUUUGACAACUGUAACAUGAGAAGCAUGUGAAAUAAUAUGGAUGGCAGGUCAGGUGUCAUUUUUUAUUCCUUUUUGCUGCUAUUAUGUUUAUAUGUUAAUGAAAAUAAGGUGAUUGAUAUGUUUUGUGCUUUUGAGUAUUCCUUUUUCUUUUUGAUAUGGAGUCUUUUUUUUUUUAAAUGAUAGUACUUUUACCAGAAUGAUAGUACUUUAAAUCAGGUUUCUAAAAUGCUGAAAGGCAGAAAUAUUUCUCCCUGUACAGCAACCACUGAGAUGAUUAUCAUAAGUAGGGGAACAAAGACCACUGGAACUGAGGAACGGGAGACCUGUGUCCCUCACAUAAAAUGUUCUUUUGAACUCAAUUGUAAAUUCCAUUUUAUGUAUUUGAUUUUAUGUGAAACAACAUUGAAAGUAAUGGUAUUCCCUUUACUGCCUUAUAUUCAUUUUCUUCAGCAGGUUAGGUGUUCCUAAUUAUAAACACUGUCUUUUUCAUAAUGCAAAAAGACAAAAAAAUCUAGCGGCACACCAAUCAUAAUGUAGAAUUCUUGUCCACAUAAUAUUUUCUUGGGGAACCUAUGGGUGAACAAAGAUCGAAGUCUCCAGUUUCAGCUGAUGGAGGUUUAACUCACUGACGAUCAAAGUUCUUCCAUCAGAAAUCACUGCUGAUGAGUUCUGUCAGAAGUGAUGCCCUUUAGGGAGGAACUUCCCCAUUGUUUGAGUUGGCACAAAUGUGUAGGUUUAUGGGGUGUGAGAGGCUUGCCCCUACAUUGGAGUUACAGGGUGCUUGCUGAGAUCAAACAUCACUUUAAAAAGUGUUUUUACAAUCUUUUUUGUGGUGAAUACAGCUUGGGGAUUCCAUUCCUCAGUGCAUUAAUUUUGUCCAUUCAUACUGAAAGAUAUUCUCUUGGUGGGGAAAUUACAAAAAAUUAUUUUCAGACCAAAAAUAUGUUAUGCAUAGUCAGACUGAUGGACUUUUAGAAGCUAAGUUUGGCUUUCUAAUACGUAUUCUGAAAAAUAAUUUAUUGCUGUGUGUUUCAUUUUAACAUUGUACCCAUGUCAGCUGACAAGCAUAUCCUUUCCACUGCAGAAAUUGUCAAGAUAAUUAACUUUUGAGACAAGGAUUAGAUUACAUGCUUGAAUCUAGUUAGGUUGCAGUAUGAAUUUACAUCACAAUUGUCGUUUGUUUACUUUAGUAUAUAUAUUUAAUGUUUUUCCUCAGGUGGGAUCAUGAAGUCCAAUUUUUGUAUGAACAUAUAGGAUGAAUGCACAUAUUUCGCUACCUCUUAUCACAAGAAAUCUGGGCAAAACCAAAGUAAUGAGAGGACAAAGGCACAAAAAAUAGAGAGACAUUUUAAAUAUUGCUCUUAUUUAGAAUAAAAUGAAUUCUGUUGUCAUGCAUUUUCAGAAGGAUAUAAAAGUCUGAAACUGAAAUGUCUGUCAUUAUUUAGUAAUGUCAAUCCUCAGUGAUUUGCUAGAAAACCACACAUUUUAUGAGGAACAGGACAAAAAUAUGAGACAAAAGUCCAGACAGUCGAGAAGUAUGUGAAUGCACAAUAUCAAGAUAUAUACAAACUGGAAAUGAGAGGAUUCAAACCCUUCUUCAGAUAUACAAACUACAUACUUUUACUCCAAAUUAAUAUACUAAAGCACUCACACUGUGACAUAGUCAAAUUGUGUUCUGUUGUGAGAAAAGUAUAUUCAUCCCAUAUGCUGGAAACAAUUUAAAUUGUAGGGUUAAAUUCCUAUAGUAUUUUUGUUUUAAAAUCUGUAAUUCUGUUUUUAUGAUCACUGUAAUGGUGUUAUAUGAAGUUUUCUUAAGCAUAGAACAUACGUUUGUCAUAAAUUUAUUUAUUUCUGAGAAAGGCAUGAGUUAUUUCUCUCAUUUAAUUUAAACUGUAACUUAUGAAUGUGGUAUACAUCUGGGUGAUUUUUGUGGUGCAUUUAGAUUAUUUUUAGUAGACUUGAGGUAUUUGAUUAGCAUAAUAUGAAGUAAUUUUUAAAUAUUCUUUUUAGCAAGAAUCUGUGAGGUGUUGUUUAAUUUUGCUUCCACCUUUGACUUUUUUAAUAUAAACAAAAUAUCCUCCAACUUCAGGUUUAGGUAACCAAGAUACCAAUGAAUGUUUUCUUCUGAUACCAAUGAAUGUUUUCUUCUGAUACCAAUGAAUGUUUUAUUUUGAUACCAGUGAGUGGUUUCUUCUGAUACCAAUGAAUGUUUUCUUCUGAUACCAAUGAAUGUUUUCUUUUAAUACCAAUGAAUGUUUUCUUCUGAUACCAAUGAGUGGUUUCUUCUGAUACCAAUGAAUGUUUUCUUUUAAUACCAAUGAAUGUUUUCUUUUGAUACCAAUGAGUGGUUUCUUCUGAUACCAAUGAAUGUUUUCUUUUGAUACCAGUGAGUGGUUUCUUCUGAUACCAAUGAAUGUUUUCUUUUGAUACCAAUGAGUGGUUUCUUCUGAUACCAAUGAAUGUUUUCUUCUGAUACCAAUGAAUGUUUUCUUUUGAUACCAAUGAGUGGUUUCUUCUGAUACCAAUGAAUGUUUUCUUCUGAUACCAAUGAAUGUUUUCUUUUAAUACCAAUGAAUGUUUUCUUCUGAUACCAAUGAAUGUUUUCUUUUAAUACCAAUGAAUGUUUUCUUUUGAUACCAGUGAGUGGUUUCUUCUGAUACCAAUGAAUGUUUUCUUUUGACACCAAUGAGUGGUUUCUUCUGAUACCAAUGUAUGUUUUCUUUUGAUACCAAUGAAUGUUUUCUUUUGAUACCAAUGAGUGGUUUC